GCCGCUCUCCUCGCCCGUCUCGAAAUGGAGAACAAUGCCCUCGCUACCGACCCCAAGGCUGGCAUCACCACCGUAAACGGCGUCAAUCACGACCGCAAUGCUUCAAUUGGCGGUGCCUCGCUACUCAGUCUACACAUCCCUAAGGAGGCCCUCGGCAUGAGUCUAGGCGACUUCUGGGCCUUUGUCACCCGCGACUACGAAGAGGCCCUAUCCUCUAUGCCUACAAUGACGCCGAUCAUGAUACACAGAGGAGUGCCAGACUUCCUGAGGCCCGUUGUUUGGGUAGGCAUUGCUGGAGCACGACAAGAGAGACUCUAUUCAGAAUUCGAUCGUCUGCUGGCACAAAUCGAGAGCGCACCACCUACUUCGGACACUAUCAUUGACAAGGACGUUGGUCGCUGCUUCCCCAAUCACCCUCUCUUCGCCCAGGCUGGCGGCGAGGGUCAGACAAUGCUCGGCCAGGUCCUGAAAUGCUACAACUUAUACGACGCCGAGAUUGGCUACUGCCAGGGAAUGGGCUUUAUUGUUGGCAUUCUGCUCAUGAAGAUGGAUGCCAGAGACGCUUUCUGCGUCUUCGUCAGACUUAUGGAGAAUCACGGACUUCGCGACUCCUACUCACACUCGUUGACUGGUCUUCACUCACGUAUCUUCCAGUUCCAACAGCUACUUACCCCAUUAGCCCCCAAACUUGUCGCACACUUUAAGAACUUGGGCGUUGAGUUUGCUUACCUUUCACAAUGGUUCAUGACAAUCUUCGCCACAACAUGCCCUCUGGACACUCUUUUCCGCAUCUACGAUAUUGUUCUCGCAGAGGGUGCCGAUGAAACAGUCAUGCGUGUCGCCUUGGCUGUCAUACUGAAGAAUGAGCAAAAGCUACUGGCCAUGGCCGAAUUGGAGGACGUGUUGCAGCUGCUUCUUUCUCGCGAGAUCUGGGAGCCAUACGAGAACAACCCGGACCAACUCAUCGAAGAAGUGACCACCCUCUUUAAGCAGGUUGUUACUCGCGACGCUCUGGACAAGCUCGGCAAACAGUUCCUCAAACAGGCAGAAAAAGGCUCGGCAGACAAGACCGUUCGCGCUCUAGGCUUCACCAGCACUUAUGGAAACGCGUUCAGACUCUUCGACUUCUGGUCUACGUCCAAGAGUGACUCCCUUUCGCCAGCUGCACCUCUUCGUCGCAAAGCAUCUGGACAAUCCCUUUCCACUCUCAACUCCAUCUCAGGGAGCGGAGCCAGCAUGGCAAGCACCGACAGCUAUGCCAGCACCGCGCCCACAGAGGUUGACGACCUCGAAAGAGACAGUGCUACUCCAACGAAGCCUCGCAAAUCCUUUGUUUCGCAAGACAGGAACUUGCACGAACAAGUAGAGGGUUUGUUGAUUGCACUUAGUGAAGUGCAACGCGAGGCCGCCCAGACAGCAGCGAAUCUGCAGAGAGAGGAAGCCAGAAGAGUCAGAGCGCAAGAGAUUGUUGCCGACUUGCUUGAGCUGUUCCGCGAGAAGAAGACCGUGGAUGCUUAUCCGCCACUUCCUAGUGAGUACACAGUCAAGCUUGAAAACGAGCUCCAGAAGCUGCGUCAGCGCGUAGCUAAGGACCGCACGUAUCGCCACAUGAAGAGAUCGUCAGAUCUCAAGGACGCUCGUUUGUCCCUCAAGGCAGGGGAAGCACCUUCCUCUGAAUCCAUCAGAGUCCGACGCUCCCUCUAUCGUCGCCAUGAGAAAAAGGCUUCUCGCGAUCUCUCAGGCUCAUUCCCUGACAUCACAAUCUCUGUGCCUCGCGUACGACCCCACCAAGCUCUACCAUCUCCUCGCUCAGCCACUCAACAACAUCGCCCUGGUCCUCCUCUCCGCAUGAUCAGAUCACAGGAUGGAACUGAAAUCCUCGCGAAGCCCCAGAAGUUCGGCUCUGCUAGAAAAGUCACCGAACCAGAUUUUUCAAAAGAGGACUCUGGCUCGACCACUCCCACAUCCAGUGCGGCAGUGAUCCCAAAACGCAACUCUUCACUGACGUCCCAAACCAUUCUGUCAACACCAUCUCACGCACCUCCUUCGGACGAGACUCUUCUUGUCGAACUCGUGGCAGCAAAAACCCGCGAGGCAACCGCUAUCCACGAGAACGAGCUUUUGCAAAACUCUCUCGACAAGACUCGCCGACAAAUG